AUGGGGCUGGUGCUGGCACUUGCUACACAUCAGGGUUCCCGCCUAGUCCGUUUUCAGCAUGCAUCCGAUGAAGUCGAGCAGGAAAACCAUAUCCCUGCCGAUGAGUGCGAAAUCAGACAUGCACCUGUUGAUGGACCAAAAUAUCCGGACAAAAGACCGCCCCCACCGAAACGCCCGCGUACAACACCAACACGAUGGAAACCACAUGCCGCCGAAUCUGCCGACGAUAAACCCUACACAGUACGAUCCUCCACCUAUGAAACAUGA